AUGUCUGAUGAUGAAUUCGAUAUCACCAAGUCUUUGGCCUUAAAUGGUGAUUCAGACUCUGAAUACGAUUCCUCAGACUCAGAUAAUGAAGUCCAAGAUAUUAUUUCCGACAAUGAAGAAGAGAAAAUCGAACAACCUAAGAAGAAACAAAAGCUUGAUACCUCAUUCCCUAGUUUAGAACUCGAUGAUGAUAAGGAUGCCAAAAAUGAAGAUCAAACCAUUGCCAGUUAUUUUACCACAAACAAUCCUAACGCUAAGAAAGCCAAAGCAGGAACAUUUGCCAGUUUUGGAUUUUCUAAAGUGAUUCUUCUGAAUAUUCACAAGAAAGGUUUCAAACAACCUACACCAAUUCAACGUAAAACCAUACCUUUAAUUUUGGAUAAUAUCGAUGUUGUUGGUAUGGCACGUACGGGGUCAGGUAAAACUGCAGCUUUCACAUUACCAAUGAUUGAAAAGCUUCGAGCCCAUCAAGCUAAAUCUGGUGUUAGAUCUAUUAUCUUAUCACCUUCAAGAGAAUUGGCUUUACAAACUUAUAAACAAGUUAAAGAAUUCAGUAACAAAACCGAUUUAAGAGUGGUGUUAGUGGUAGGUGGUGAUUCUUUAGAUGAUCAAUUUGCUUCUAUGAUGGGAAAUCCUGAUAUUGUCAUUGCUACACCUGGUAGAUUUAUGCAUUUGAAAAUUGAAAUGGAUCUCAACUUAUCCAGUGUUGAAUAUAUCGUGUUCGAUGAAGCUGAUAGAUUAUUCGAAUUGGGUUUUGCUGAACAAUUAAAUGAAUUGAUUGCUUCAUUACCAACAUCUCGUCAAACUUUAUUAUUCCUGGCUACUUUACCAAAGUCUUUAGUUGAAUUUGCCAAAGCUGGUUUAAGUAACCCUACUUUAGUAAGGUUAGAUGCUGAAUCCAAAGUAAGUGAUCAAUUAGAAAUGGCAUUUAUUACUACCAAAAGAACUGAACGUGAAGCUAAUCUUUUAUAUCUUUUACAAGAAGUGAUUAAAAUGCCAUUACCAGAUGAUGAACAAUUAAAGAAAUAUAAUGCUUUGACUAAUAGACAAUUUAGUGAUGAUGAAAGUGAUGAUGAAGAAGCUGAUAAUAAAAAGAAGAGGAAAUUCAAGAAAGAAAGAUUACCCCCAGCUAAUGUUUUACCUUCAAAAUAUUCAACCAUUGUGUUCGUUCCUACCAAACAUCAUGUUGAAUAUAUUUCAGUGUUAUUAAAAGAUUAUGGGUAUUUAAUUUCAUAUAUUUAUGGUACAUUAGAUCAAACUGCUAGAAAACAACAAUUAUAUCAAUUCAGAUCAGGGUUGACUAGUAUUUUAGUGGUUACUGAUGUGGCUGCUAGAGGUAUUGAUAUUCCUAUUUUAGCCAAUGUUAUUAAUUUCACUUUACCUUCAUCAUCCAAAAUUUUCAUUCAUAGAGUUGGUAGAACUGCCAGAGCUGGUAAUAAAGGUUGGGCUUAUUCUAUUGUUAAUGAGAAAGAGUUACCUUAUUUACUUGAUUUGGAAUUAUUCUUAGGUAAGAAAUUAUUAACCACAUCUAUUUAUGAACAUCAAUGUGAAUAUUUAAAGAAACAAGGUAAGGAAGAACUUCCUGUUCUGUACACCAAGAGAUUGGUAAUUGGAUCAUCACCAAGAAAUGAAUUAGAACCUUAUCAAGAGAUUUAUGAAGGAUUAAUGAAGAACAAUUAUGAUUUACGUACUAAUCGUGAUGUCGCAGCCAAGGGGGAGAAAUUAUUCUAUAGAACAAGACAACCAGCAUCAGCAGAAAGUGUCAAGAGAUCUAAAGAAUUGAUUGAAACAGGUAAUUGGGAUGAACAGCAUGUUUUAUUUGGAGCCAAUGAAGAAAAGGAAAAGCAAAAAUUCUUAGAUAAACUUCAUAACAGGUACAGUAAAGAAACAGUAUUUGAAUUCAAUUCCCGUGGUAAAGAUCGUGAUGAAGAUUCAUUUGUGGAAUUCAUGCAUAAACGUCGUAGACAAUUGGCACCUAUUCAAAGAAAAGCUAAAGAACGUAAACAAUUAAUUGAAAUGGAAAAAUUAGCUGGUUUAAGUCAUAGUUUAGAAAAUGAAUUGUUUAAUAAUGAUGAUACUCCUGAUGUUGCUGAAGAAGAUUUGAAACAUUUCGAAGAUGGUGAUAAAGUAUUAACCACCAAAAGUUAUAAAGAUCCUAAUUUCUACAUGAGUCAUUAUGCCCCAAGUUCUGAUAUUCAAGAUAAACAAUUGGCUAUUAACUCAUCCUUUGCUAACAAUGCUGCGAAUGCGGCUUUUGAUCUUGAUAACGAUGAUAAGAUGCAAGUGAAUUCCCAAGUUUAUAAAUGGGACUCUAAGAAAGGUAAUUAUGUUAAUUCUAGAUCCACUGAUAAGAAAUAUAUCAUCAGUGAAUCAGGUCAACGUAUUCCUGCUACUUUCAAAUCAGGUAGAUUUGAUGAAUGGAAGAAAUCCAAUCCUAAUGUCAAUAAUGCUGAAUUCAAUGGAGGUUCUCCAAGUAUGAUCAACGGGAAAUUCAAACAUAAACAAUCUAAAGCUCCCAGAUUACCUGAUAAGUUCAGAGAUGAUUUCCAUAAACAAAAGAAGAGAGUUGAAACUGCCAUUGAAUCUGGUAAGAGAGUCAAAGGAUAUAAUAAACCUGGUCAACAACAAGAACUUAAAUCCACUGAACAAAUCAGAAAACAAAGAAAACUUAAAGAAAAGAGAAGAGCUAAGAAUGGAAGACCUGCAAAGAGAUAUUAA